AUAUGACUGAGAAAUAAAAAAUGUACAAAAAGCAGCAUGUGAACAAUGCCACGUGGUACCAAUGAGCGCCCCUACAGCCUUAUCCCACAUCAAAAUCUAAUCUUCCCAUCAUCCACUUCCCUGAUCCAAUAUCCAAAAAAUUAACCAACCAUUUGCCUUCAGAUAUCACACAAACAAACAACACACAUCCAAAGCCAAUUUUCCUCAGCACCACAACUCAACUUCCACAAAACCAAUCCCACUUCACUCUAUACACAGACAAGAAUCACAAAGAGAGUGAGUGAAAGGAAAUGGCCUCAACUGCAUGCUUUUUGCACCACCAUGCACUCACUACAGCUUCUGCCAGGUCCUCCUCAUCACAGCGCCAAGUGGUGAAUGUCAAGCAGAACCAGAUUGUGAUCUGCAGGGCUCAGAAGCAGGCUGUCCAGGAAGAAGAUGGUGCCGUUAACGUCUCCCGGCGAUUGGCUCUCACAGUCCUCAUUGGAGCUGCAGCCCUUGGCUCCAAGGUUUCCCCUGCUGAUGCAGCUUAUGGUGAAUCCGCCAACGUUUUUGGAAAGCCAAAGACAAACACAGACUUCUUGCCAUACGUUGGAGAAGGAUUCAAGCUUUCGAUUCCUGCAAAAUGGAACCCAAGCAAAGAGGUUGAAUACCCUGGUCAAGUUCUGAGAUAUGAGGACAACUUUGACACCACCAGCAACGUGGCUGUCACAAUCACCCCGACCGAUAAGAAAUCUAUCACCGACUAUGGCUCCCCUGAGGAAUUCCUCACCAAGGUGGACUAUUUGCUAGGCAAACAAGCCUACUUUGGCAAGACUGAUUCUGAGGGUGGUUUUGACUCCGGCGCUGUGGCCACGGCCAACAUAUUGGAAUCUUCAAGUCAAGUGGUUGAUGGGAAACCCUAUUACUACUUGUCUGUGUUGACAAGGACAGCUGAUGGAGAUGAAGGUGGCAAGCACCAGCUCAUCACAGCCACAGUGAAAGAUGGCAAGCUUUACAUCUGUAAGGCUCAAGCUGGAGACAAGAGGUGGUUCAAGGGAGCAAGGAAGUUUGUGGAGAGCUCUGCAUCUUCCUUCAGUGUUGCCUAAGAAUUUAUUGAGGGUUUGUAUAUGUAAAUCAUCUUAAGAUUGUGAAUUGUCUUGAGCUCUCUAGUUUUUUUUUUUUUUUUUUUUUUUUUUUUCAUUUUCUCUUCUUUCUUUUUUAUAAUUUGGUUAUAAUUGAGGAACUGGUUGGAGUAUCCUUUUGACUCUUGAGCAUAUUGAAAUAUUUCAUGGUAUUCAGGACCCUCUUUAAAUGA